AUGUUUGUUUCCUUGUUUCUAAUCCUGUUCGGAUUCUUGUUUCUUCGUCUCUACGAUGCUCUUGUCGCUAAGCCACAAAAGCUACGUAGAAUCUUGCUUGAACAGGGGAUUAAUGGCCCUCCUCCCAAGCUCAUACUAGGGAACAUUCUCGAAAUCAAGAAAUCCCGGGAUGCCAUGGACAAGGCUGCAGCGGCGGCUAUCAGAAUUAGCCAGCCGCAGCCUCCGGUCAUCCACGACACCGCCUCUAUUUUAUCCUUUCUCGAGCAAUGGAGAAAGCAAUAUGGUUCAUUGUACCUGUUUUCUCUGGGCACGAUGCAGAUACUGUAUGUGUCGAAGCCUGAUUUAGUGAAGGCAAUAUCGACGUGCACGUCGCCCAACUUGGGGAAGCCGGCUCAUCAGCGGGAGGAAUUCGGCCCGUUGCUUGGGGACGGGAUCUUGACGUCGAAUGGCUCGAUUUGGGCGUACCAGAGGAAGAUCAUAGCUCCUGAAUUAUUCAUGGACAAAAUCAAGGGAAUGAUGGACAUAAUCGCCGACUCAGCUCUAAAUCUGGUGAACUCCUGGAACCAUGAAAUCGACAAUGGAGCCAUGGAAAUCACUGUGGAUGAGUACAUGAAGAUAUUCUCCGGGGACAUAAUUUCCAGGGCCUGUUUUGGCAGCAGCCAUUCCAAAGCGCGACAUAUUUUCUCAAAAUUUGGGCAUCUCCAGGAGCUGAUAUCCAGCAGGAUGAAAUCACUCGGCGUUCCAGGACUAAGAUAUCUCCCGACAAGGAACAACCUGAGGAUUAGGGCAUUGGAGAAGGAAAUCGAGGGACUCAUCCUGAAAGUGGUGAAGGAGAGGCAACUGGCUGGAUCUGAGAAGGACUUGCUCCAGAUUCUUCUAGAAAGCGCACAGAGCAGCAGCAGCAGCCAUUCUUCAUCGGAUUCAGAUUCCAAUUCCGAUUCAAUCCACCAGUUCAUCGUUGACAACUGCCGAAACAUCUAUUUAGCCGGAUUCGAGACGUCCGCUGCCGCCGCCUCCUGGUGUGUAAUGCUUCUGGCUUCCAAUCCGGAUUGGCAGACCCGAAUCAGAGACGAGGUUAACGACGUCUGCCAUGGCCGCCGGAUCCCUGACAUGGAGAUGCUUCGCAAAAUGAAACAGCUGAAUAUGGUGAUUCAAGAGACCAUGCGACUCUCGCCAACGCCGAUGUUAGCGAGGGAGGCGCUGGAAGACAUGACGAUAGGCGAUGUGGAGGUGCCGAAAGGCGUCCAUGUCUGGACUAUGGUGUCGGCGCUGCAUACAGACACAUCGAUUUGGGGCGCCGAUGCGCUCCAGUUCAAGCCGGAGAGGUUCCAGAAUGGGAUUGCGGGAGCCUGCAAUAACCCGAGUGCCUACAUGCCGUUUAGUUUCGGACCACGUGUGUGUGUCGGGCAGCACUUGGCCAUGGUUGAGCUCAAGCUGCUUAUGGCAUCCAUUGUCGCCAAUUUCUCCUUUACGCUGUCUCCUAAUUAUGUUCAUUCCCCCGCCAUGAGAAUGAUCGUUAAGCCCAAGUAUGGAGUCAAAAUUUUGGUGCAGAAGCUGCACUGACGAAUGAAUAUAAAUAAGCUCGUUCAUUUGAUUUGGUCACCACUAUGGUUGACAGGUUCCGAAAUCAGUGUGUCAAAGUGUGCAUAAAAAGCAUUGGUGUAAGUCUUCCAAUUGUCCUCUAUGGGAGACAAGUACCCAUCGAAGAAACCAUAGCCCACGCGCAUAUUGGGAUCUUUGAAUUAGUAGCAACAAAUAUAGUCCUCUAUGGCGAUUUGUAUUGUGUUACUUGUUGCCAAGUGCAACUAACUGCUCUGCUGCA